CAAGGGCUGAGCUCAAAGGGUGGGAGCCAUAGAUUACAGUCCGGUCUGUGGAUCAAGUUUGUGUUGGACUCACUGAUGGCUUGGUAGGCAGAUUAUUUUGUCCAUCAAGUCUCUUGACUAGAUCAUCUGCUGUCUGUGGCGUCCAAGAACUUUAUUAGUUUUUUGCCCAAGAUGUUGUGUUUGGUUUCCUGUGGAGUGCUGCUGGCAUGUGCUGGCAGAGGCAGGCUCUCGUCUGUCAUCUGGUGGCAGUUAGGCUCGUAGCAACUUCCAGACGGUGAGCAACGUCAGUGCAAGAGACCAGCUCAACAACAGAACACAAGAAGUCUCUGCUGCACAGGUGUGGUUAAUGUGACAAACAUGGACAGCACUGGUGAGAAGAGCAGGACCCAACUUCAGUCCAUCAGUGGCUCCAGUAACACAUCCACUGCUAGAAACCCCACCAUUCGUCUCCGGGACAUUUACGAUCCUCAGCCUAACCCUCCAAAAACUCCAGUCCGGAUACGUCCUCCAGGUCCAAGACCUCCUUCUGUAAAGGAACUCAAUUUAAGGCAAAGCUCACCCAGUGAUCCUCCAACCAAGACGAUUAUGAGGAGACGAACUCUGUCUCUUCCUUCAUCUGCAGAGAGUAAAAAGGAACUUAGGAGCCUGCAGGUCCGCUUUGUGGACUCACUGGGCCUCGAGUUAGAGGAAGUUAAGGUCUUUAAAGUUCAAGAGCACCCGCUGAUACCCCAACAUGUCAUGUUCAGACUGCUCAUGAGCUCUGAACUGGCUUUCGGGAAGUCACUGGAACUGUCCCUGCCUUACUUCAAACCUUGUUUCCCUGAAAAUGUAGGAGCUCAGUCGGACUUCCAGACACGUCUCUGUACUCAGAGCGUGUGUCUGGAGCAGGUCCUGUGUUCGGAGCAGGGAAUAACAGGCACGAUACAAGUACUUAAUUUAGCUUAUGAGAAGGAAGUCACAGUGCACUACUCUUUCACCAACUGGAGAACACACACAGAAACAGCAGCUUCCUGGGUGUCGAGUGGGUACCGUGUGGAGUGUGGUGCUCCAGAAACAGAUAUCUUCAGAUUUCGUCUGCCUGUCCCACCCUUCAUUUUGCAGCCAGGAACCAUUCUAGAAUUUGCCAUCUGCUACCGUGUGAAAGGAUCUAAUUAUUGGGACAACAACAAUGGACAAAAUUACAAACUGUCAUGCCACAGUUACAAGGUGACUGUGCCGAGGGAGUGUGAGGACAGCAUGCUGCAUUUUACCUGAGUGUCCACAUGGGGAGCUGUAACACAUAUACACAGAGAUCGCUGGAAAAAUACCAAACUAUGUCCUCCUGUGUGAUGCCUCCUACUUAGAUUUUCUGCUGAUGAAGUUUCUGUGGGCGGCUCUCUUUUCAGUUCACCCACCAUGACAAUCACCGCUUGUGUUAACAAUCUAAUUCUUAGUGUUUUGCUAAAAAGAACAUAAAACACAUCAUUUAAUGUGUCUCAUGGGACGUUACCUAAGAAGCUGCUACAAAGCUGAACCUGAAGAGCCUUAACUGGAUUAUUAGAUCAUUUACUACUAUAAAAAACUAUCAGUAGCUGUUGAUAUAGCAGACAGAAUCAGUGAUGGCUGAAUUUCAUCUAUCUGCCUCAAUACAAAAUUUGUCCAACAAAAGCAAUCCCAAAUGAUGCCUAUUGUGACUAACAGACAAUCUUUGCGUAGCUCCAGGAACAGUGCAGUAACUACCUAAUCCGGCCCGUGUGCUGCGGUUGGCUCCCAGAGAUGGAUGACCUGGGAACCUAGUGGUUAACUGUUGGAUUUACAGAGUGGAGGAUGAAGUUGUUGGAGGAUAAAACUACAACUGAUGGACUUUUUGGCUUGUUGCCUGGGCUUGGCAAAUUAAAGCAAGUUGAAAGUGCAGCUGCAGGCUGCCGGUGAGCUACACUGUUAUGUCUUUUGUUUUAUUUUUCUUUAGAUUUGUGCAAGUACGUAUGCAGAAGUGGAGUGGGAAAAAAGGGAGACGCACUGCGCCCAAGUCCUGUAAUGGUCGGGAAAACUUUGCUGUUUAUCCUGGUAUCAUGUUAGCUACAAGAUUAGUGACAUUCUUAUGCAAACAUGCAUGUGAACACAACAGGCAAUACCGAGGUUGGCAAAAUGGUUGCGGUCAUGUCCAUAUGUUGUACAAUAUGUCAGUGCACUUAUCGUGACAGGCUUAGGAACAUGUUCCAAUGGACACUUAACCCAGAGCAGUGUGAGUCAUAUAUCCCUGGGCUUAGGUUAAACCUAGGUUAACAAUGUGUGUAUGAAAAGGGGCUACAGAUAACCCAGGACUAAGCAGCGUGAAAAGCACUUUCUUGUGUUGUGUAUGUCAUAAAAAAUUAUGUCACACAUUUCUAUCUGAUGGCUCAUUACUUAAGAGCAGGUUGGCACAGAUGCUCCUGUCAGUGAAUUAAUCACUGCAGUAAUGUAACACAUUGAGUGAACUGUAUGAUCAGCAGGGAACUUGGCUCACAACAGCCCCGCUGCUCUGACCUCUGCUCUUAAACAACACUGUGUACACACUGUCCGUAACCCAGCAUCCCACUGUCACACUUCCCCCCUUGUGACACAUAAUUGAUCAUUUCCUGUUUUUAUUAUGCAAGAGUAAUCAGGAGUUUGGUUUACAUAAGCACUUUGUAGUGAUGUCCCACUAUAAAGCCCCCUGCAGACUACAGGCCAAAGUGCCUCCAGCGUCCUCUCUGGUAUGUGUAGAAGUUCAGUAAUUAAGUUCAUGCAGCACAAUGCCUUUUGCUAUUCCACAAUUACCCACUGGAAUUUGUCCAUGUGCUCAUGAAGGAGCUCACAUGGAGCGAGGCGUGUUUGGAACAGCUUUGCUUUAUGAUAACGUCACAUACAUCAGACGCAUGCAUAGCUGCGUUGACUAUCCAGAUUGACAAGCAGCUGUGAAAUGCCUCGGUUGAGGGCGUAGGAAAAAGGCACAUGGCGGAGCGUGAUGCCAGGCUCAAAGAAGCUCAUGGGCAGUAUUAUUUAGCCUGUCUGAAUGUCACCCUGCCUUACUCAUCUCUCACAGUUUAGUUACAAAGUGAGGAGCAAAAGGCUUAGCUGUAAAUUAAUUAGGCCUCAUCAAACACUCGCUGCCCUGUUUCCCCUCUCAGUGUGGUUGGACAGGAGCGGAAACCAGCUCUCUUUUUCUCUCAGUUCAAAGUCUUCAUCUCUUUAAUUAGCUGCUUUGACCUGUGAUAGAACUGGGUAUGUAAUGAAACUACGCCCAGACCACACAGGGGUCCAACCUCCCUGGAGUUCACUGAGUCCACUGGGGACCUUUAUGCUACAAAAAUUAUGCAAUGACUAUUUCUACAGGAAAACUAUUUCAGAUGUUAAUGUUUAUUAACAGUUGUGACUUUUGCUAAAACUUAAAUAUUUAUCAGAUAUUAGCUCAAAAAGUGUUUUUCCCUAAAACUGAUGCUCAUCCUCUUAUUCUGAACUACUCUACACCAGAAAAUGGAAAAAUCCCAAUUGUAGAGAUGAAUGAAGAUGUUUUACGGGCUGUGCCCAUAGACUGUACAAAUAACGUUACCCAGUGGUUUGUGGACUGCUGUUUUGAGGCCUUGAGUUUGGCAUUUUCACUGUUGCCGUCUUGGUUUUUUGGAGCCAGAAGUGACCAUAUUUGUACAACAGGGUGGAGCUGUGGAGACGUGAGGGGUUGAUCUGACUCUGACAAUGUAGCGACACCUCGUAGACAGCCUGUCACUUAGGCAGCACCACCCUUAAAUAUGCGGAACUUUGGGCCUUAAUAAAAUGUAAACAAGCAAGUUAUAGAAAAAUUCACCCCCCAUUUAGCUGUCAUGAAUGUUUAAAUAAGCUAUAAAGACAAAAAACAGUUUUGUACCAGGCUGUAAACAUGUUUAUUUCAGCUAUAAAGUUGGGCAUUUUAACAUGGGGUCUAUGGGAUUUGACUCUGUUUUGAAGCCUCAAGUGGCCAUUACAGGAAUUGCAGUUUUUGGCACUUAGACAUUGCCGCUUAGGUGUGCCACUGUUCUACUCAAGGUUUUAUAUUGUUUACUUAUAAUAAAUAAAUAAAUUGACAUUUACAUGUUGAUACACCAAAAUUCAGAGCUAAUUUGCAAAUUAAUAAUUUCCUAAUUCUGCCUUUAAAUGAUGACUUUAAAAUGGAAGUAACCUUUUCAGGUGCAAGUGAAGAAACAAAUAUAACAAUUUAUAACUUUAAUCUUUAAAACGUUAGAUCCUUUUAUUUUGAAGAUACUUCACAUGUUUGCAGUAAAGCAAAUUGACUAACUACUACCAUUAACUGUACUGUAGUUGGGGCUGGGCAUCAGUACUUGAUUCCUUUCAGGUAUUGGCCAAAACAACCCAGUCCCAAUUAUUACUGACGUCAGUAAUACUCCAGUCAAACAGUUCCUGCAUUAAAUCAUUUUUAUGCCAGAGAUCUCAUCCUAGACUGUCCCAACUCCCCGCUGGAUCAGCAAACUUUCUGUUGCUGCCAUCUCUAGGCCAGCUCUCCUCCAGGUGAACGGUAGGCUAAAUGUCUGCUCGGUUAGUACAAGCUAACACAGUAUCAGCGGGAUUCUUUACCCAGCCAUUAAAUGGUCCCAACAAACUCACAUAGACGCCGUAACAGCUCGACUCCGUCAUGGAACCUGUAAAUUACUGUCACAUAAUGUUGGCUGUUUGAUGCCAACAGUUAGCCCUGUCACUGUGUACGAGUGGCCGGGCGAACUCUCUACUGUCCCUGGCUCAGAGCUCAAACUUCCUCAGCAGCAGCUACAACCCGUGUCUUUUUUUUUUUUUUUUUUUUCAAAAGAUUAUUUUUUUUUGGGCUUGUUGCCUUUAAUGGACAGGACAGAUUGAAAUGGGGUGAAAGAGAGAGAGUGGGGGUUGACAUGCAGCAAGGGUUGCAAGCCGGAGUCAAACCUGCGACCGCUGCAGCGAGGCAUUGCCUCUGUACAUGGGGCGCCGGCACUAUCCAUUACACUACCGAUGCCCCACAACCUAUGUCUAUAGUGUGGUGAAGUUGAGCACCGUGUAUUUGAUGGAGCUGGCAGUUCUGGAAAGUAUUAUACCACACACAACUUGAUUCACAUUAAAGGUAUCAAAUGAGAUACUCUAUUGGUGCCCAUAUCACUUAAAGAGUACUGGUAUCGUAAUUUCUUAAAAAUGACCUAGCCAUAACUGUAGCACAGUAUUUAAGUACAUUUUUGAGGUACUUUACAUGAGUUUUAUCAUUUUCUGCUACUUUAAACUUCUACACCACUACAUUUCAGAUUUAAUUUCUCUAUCAUUUACUUCACUACAACUCUACAGAGAGUCUUAAUUUAGCUUGACAGUAAUAUAAAUACGUGUGAGCAUGAACGACCCAAUAAAAGAAACCAUCUGUGAUGUUAUGUCACUUUCUGGAGCCGAUCCAUGGAUGCUGAAAGAAGAACUGACUUAAGCUUCUUUUAUACUUAAUUAAAUGACAUUGUUUUCUCAGUGACGACUCUGACACCUCCUCAGCACCCACUGUGGCACACUCCACGGAACAAUCACACUCAAAGUCAUCACUGCAAAGGCUCUUCAUAAUGGCUGCAUUUAGUUCACAGGCAGACUCUAUUGUGUACAUGAGCACUCUGUCUGAGAGAUGAUAUUUGUACUUUUACUUGUUGUAUUUGCUUCUUAUUUAAUAUAGACUUAUUUCUGUUUUUUUUUUUUUUUUACUUCUCUACUUAUCUAUUUAGAUUUCUGUUCUUGUGCUGCUGCAGUGCCUGAAUUUCCCUCUGGGUAUCAAUAAAGGCUUAUCUUAUAUUAUGUUAUCAUAUCUUACACUCGGUCUGGUCCUGAGCAGACAAAAAGGACCUGGGAUUAGUUUAAGUGGAUGAAAACACAGACCUCUGAAAAAUUGAAAACAAAUUGUUUAUAAAAUUGGAUUAUGGAGAUUCAGUACUGUCUGUAAAGCAUUUUGGAUAAAUGAGCGUGUUGUCCUUUUUUUUUUUUUUUUUUUUUACAAGAGGCUCCACAUACAGUACUAAUCAUCUGUGUCUUAUCAAGAAUAUGAAAAUACACUGCUGGCCUUAUGUCUUAAACUACAACCUGUCUGCCGUGCAGCACUAUGAAUUAAAAAAAGACAAACACACUCAUGCUGGAUGACGGCAUUUUAUACUUUGCUAUAAGGUACGAAAAACAAAGGUACAAGGGAGGAUACUGCUGCCAUUUAACCCAUCUCUCAUCCAAGCAUUUUGUGGAUCCCUCUCCAACAACACACAACAUCCUUACACCUGAUGCUCCUCCAGAAAGACACAUUAGAUGACAAUGCAAGCUACAGUCCUGCUCCUAUUUCUUUGACUUUUAAGAGUGACGUCCCCUAUAAGCAAAUCUUGACUGAACUACCCAAACACAAGGCGAGCAGCUAAUGGAAAGAUUCAUACUUUAAUGCCACACAUGCUGUACCACAUACUGCAGCCUACUAUGACAAAAUGUGGGCUAUUGGAUUUGCUUUGCUAGGUUCUUUUAGCUGGUGCUAAUAUACUACGGACAUAAUGUCAUAACUGCCUGCUUUUUAUUUUCAAAGUACAGCCAACAAGGUAUAUCACUGCUUAACAGAUAUGGCAGGCACAUAAGGAAACGGUAAAACAACCAGGAGACACAAAGUAAAACUGGCAUUCAUUUGGACUUUCGGUGUCAGGCAACCUGGGAGUGUGAAAGCAAGGUCUACUUGAUGGAGUGGCUAACAAGUAGGGUCUGGGAGCUGGAAAGAUUUUGGCCAUUUAGUGGCCUCUGGCACAGUCUAAUGCCACUAUCCAAUACACUGAUCUUAGUUACUGCAUAUUUUAAUGACUAUGCCGACCUGACUGUAAAGUGAAGUGAAUUACUGUAAAGCUUCUUGUGCAUUUUAACCCACAGUCUUUAAAUAGCUAUUAAUAUUUAAAAUCAAGUCUAUUCCUGACUAAUUAAGACUUUGUAAUCAAGAAUCACUAGACCUUAUUUACUAUUCUUUAUCUAUUUAUUGACGCCUUCACUGUCAGGUUUAUCAAGCCCAGAGCAUGUGAGCAGAGCAGUAAGAAUUUCUUAUUUGUUUAUGAGUGGGAUGGAGUGGGAGAUAAGGGGAUGCUUCCAACUUAAAAAAAAUAAAUAAAUAAAAAAUCUGCUCUGCGCUCCAUCCAAAAUCCUUCUGCUUCACUCACAUGCUCUGAUAAAGACAUGCCAAAAAUGGUUAACUGUGGUUAAUGUAUUGUUUUACUAGAAACAUAAAUGCAUGCUUAUUCAACGAAAAUAAACAAGGUUACAUACAUUUAUCCUAUUUUUUAUCAAUGCAAUAUAUUUGUUUUAAAAUAAAGUAUUUAUAAAAAAUAAAUCUCUGCCAAAAAUAACUAAACAUGUCAAUCACUUGACUAAAAUCAUAUGAUUCCACAUCCAGCAUAACUUCCAGUCAUCUUCAUUUUCACCACUAUUGUUCAUUCAUUAAGCCCAUAAUUGUCUGUGCGGUGUAUGUGGAAAAGCACUUUAAGUGGACUUGUAAAUGCUAAGUGCACAAUCAUCAAGUUGCUACCACCAGUGUUUUUCAAAGUAGCUCAUCAAAUGGAUGGAUGUCCUCUGUCUGUGCAAUCAAUGCAACUGAAAAAGUGACUGUCAUUAAUUAUUUUGCUAUCAUUUGUCAAACACUGAAGCCGAUUCUCCGCAGGACACAACCUCUCAGCUGAGUCAGUGCUCACAAAUUCAUAUCAAGCAUAUGGGGGCGGGACUGAUACAAGCACACAUCUCUGUCAUCAUGUUCGCAUUGCUUUGAAGUGAAGGCAAGUGGUCGUAAAAUAUAAAAUUUCAACUUAUUAUCAAAACUGUUUUAUUAGAGUAAAAAUGUAUUUCAAUAAAGUAGCCUGCUGGACUCAAGCAAAUAGUCUCCUUUAAGCUCUGUUUUGGCCUCCACCAACUCCUGAGAGAAAUAGAUGGCUUUUGCGGCUAAAUGCUCCAGUAUCACCAGCUACCCGCUAAGUGUGUCUGUGCAUCAUCUGGUGCCUGGCAGGUCAUGUACAGUUUUUUUUAACAAGAUUUUAAGUGCCUUUUCACUGAAAACAGCUUCCUGCUGUGACAGGAGCGGUGAGACUGAAGAAAAACAGCAAAGUCAUUGGCUGUAAAAUGAAAACAAUGAGCGUAAAGAUGCUGAAAUGCUACAUAGAGCAGAGGGGAAGUGCAGAGCUGGGUGAUGAUUCUCUGUGUCUUUACAGAACAUUCAGUUCAAUCAUUGCAAUAAGAUGUGUUGGCAAUGAUGUUUGGUAUCAAACAGUGUUUAGUCAGAGGCAUCAUUACAGUACAACCCACGACCAAGUGUGGUAAUGUGCUCGUGCCAGAUUUAUGGUGCACUGUUGUGUAUUUAUAUGAAGCAAUUACAGUGUCUUUAUGACGGUCUCAUGACGUAAAUUGUCCCGUAAACAGAUGUUACCAAUGUGAUGGCUUCUGCCCAAUGUCUUCUCUAACCAGCUGAAUUCAGUCAAAAGGCCUGCUGACUAUUUUGAGCUGUCGUUUAAGGUAAUGAUGCAUUUGAAAAUGCUAAUUACAAGUUUGCGGUUUGUUUGUCACUCACUGAGAAGAAUAGCUUCCGUUUCAACCCAAAUUGGCAGCUGAAAGCAGGUCACCCUCAAAUUAAAGCACUCGGCAGCAUUCAGCACACAGUGAAGUGUGAACAUUGCGCUAACAGGCCAUUAUCACAGCUGCCUGUUUUAACACAGGUAUGAAAAACAACUAAAUAUGUUAAUAGUCUACAGAGGGGAAAGUGCAAACAGCUACAAAAGCAGCUUGUGAAUCUAAAAAGUCAAUUAACUGUCAAGAGAGCUGCUGUUACACUGUCAAGCACCCAAAAUUGACAUACAUAUCAGGAGGCAGCCAUACUGUUUGAGCAAACUCAUAUGGUGCAUGGAGCAAUAAUACAAACCUUCCUCCUCCCACCCUGAGCAUUGCGUAAGCCUACCAGCACACCCUGCCACUCUAUUAUUCACGAAAAAACAAACCUGAUUUGACUGUUAAUCCUAUUAAAGUCACCAUAACAACAGCCUAUGGCCUUUUACAUAACACGACAAAUACGAUUAUAUUCUCUGUCGCAUUCCUCCUCUGCCUUUCAGAAAAUCCUGUUCCACACUCAAAAAUCUGUCCACUUGACCCAGAAACACUAUGUCCAAGGGAAAGAGAGACACAACUUUUGUUGUGACUAUUUAAACCGUAUUAUUUUCUGCAGUUCACCACAUAUUAUUUGAGACGGUUGUGAAAACAUGAUUGCAUUUUAGACAACAUGCAUCAAAAUGUUAGAGAGAAAGCAACAUGUCAUGCGUGGAGAGUUUAAAGAUGAUAUGAUGAACUGUGGGAAACAGGUGGAUGUAGAAUCCAUACAAUGCAAUGAUAGGAAAUUAGUAGUAAAGACCAAGAGAUGUUUUGUUGCCUUUUCUUAUCCUCACAUAGCUUGCCAUCAUUGCCACUGCUUACCGUAACGUAGUGCACUAUACUGUGAUCGUUAGGUGUGCUAAUAUUAAGCCUGCAUAAACGUACUGUAAUACAUUUCAACAGCACCUCGAGCAUUAAAGAGGCCCUGUGGAGUUUUCUCGUAAACAGACAAAAUGUUCUUUGUUUUUUUACCCUCAUUGUCAGUCACUAAAAUGCACUGUGUGUAUCCUUGAGAACUGACAUGUCGACUGCAUUUCCACCCACGAGUCAUUUGAAAGGCAGAUUUUUCUUUUGUUUGAAACAUGCAUUGUUUACAUCCAAGUUUACUGGCAUCUCCUUUCCUGCAUCUGCUGGCGCACUGCAGCAUAUCUUGGCCUGUUAUCACCACAUAUAGAUUAGUGGAAUAGUGUGACACCAUUGUGUAUUGCGUCCUCAUCCAGGUGGAGAAGACUAAAUAACAAGGACCCGUCAUGGAUAAACUGCUCCAUAGUGUAAAUACAUGUCAAAAAGUCUACAGUUACCUUUAAAGGUCCAGUGUGUAGGAUUUAGGGGGAUAUAUUGGCAGAAAUGGAAUAUAAUAGGAUAAGUAUGUUUUAUUUAGUGAAUAAUCACCUGAAAAAAGGAAUCGUAUUUUCUUUACCUUAGAAUAAACUUUGUAUCUACAUAGGGAGCAGAUCCUUAUCCAAGGAGAUUGCCACGUUACACUGCCAUGUUUCUACAGUAGCCCAGAAUGGCCAAACCAAACCCUGGCUCUAUAUAUAUGCAUUUUUGUGUCAAACCCCUCCACAAUGACAGCAUGGAAAAACCUGCUUUAUUCAGUGUUGUGAGCACACAUUAGCAGACGCUAGGCUAGCAGCCCACCUGUGACGUGCAGCAAGGCGUCAGAGAAUCACUGAGUUGUAACAUUAAACUGUAUUUUUAUUGAUUUUAAUGACCUGGUCUGUUUGUUUUGCAGAGCAGGAGAACUCUGCAGAUAUUCGGCUCCCAAAACCUCUUGAACAAUGAACACUGAAGGAACUCUAAACCCAAGAAAUUUCAGAUGGUUGCAGUCUGGAAUCCUCACUACUAGAUGCCACUAAUUCCCCCUAAAUCUCACACACCGUUCUUUUAUUGGUGGGACUGUAGACAAGAACUGCAUUUGAUUCUUCUAGGUGUAACAACUUCUUGGAUAUUAUUUCCAAACUACGACCAGGAUGCUCACUUUUUAUUUCUUUGACUGUGUGUAAAAGUGAUGUUUCAGGUGCUCUGAACUGCACUGUAAUUGAGCAGAGGCCAUGAAUAAUAUGUUUUGUCAUAACUGCAGACGAGCUGUAUUAAAGAACAAACGUCUUGAAGUGCCGAAAGUACCGCCCCACCAAAUUCAUCGCGUCUUCACAGUGAGCUGGGUUUGGUACCAAUAUCAAAACCCUCUAGAAACACACACUUUAACUGCAGAUGCUGCACAGAAGCACUACAUAUGUGGAUAGUUGUCAAAAAUAGCACCAUAACACCAUAGCCCUGCCUAUGUGCUGCUGACCUCUGUAUAAAAUGGUCAGUAAACUGAGUUUGAGUGGGUUCACGCUCCACUGCAUCUCUGCACAUCAAAAUAGACUUUAAAUUGAUAUUCCAAAACUUCUUUUAGCUUUGUAGUGAGCGUCUAGAAUGAAAGCCUUUGUGAAAUGUUGAGGAAUGAGCAUUUGUUAGGGGAUGGUGGAGGGGAUGACAGACAAGCAGCCCAAGUGUAGACAG